CCGCCCGGCUGGACCAGUUCCGAGCCGGCCGGGGGACCCCCCGCCUGCCGCGAUGGAGUCGCCUCGGGGGCGGCCCGCUCCCGACUCGGACCUGGUGGCUCUGCCGGUUCCGCAGCCGCAGGCCGCGCGGUGCCGCGGCGGGCCGGGCCGGCCGUCCUCGGAGCCGCCCUCAGGCCUCCUGCGGGUGUCGGGGGAGGAAGAGGCCGAGGACCGUGCGGGAGCGAGCCGGUCCCUCCGCGCGUCCUCCUCUCAGACUUGCAGCGGCGGCGUCCAGCGGCCGCCCCGGGAGGAGGACGAGCCCGGCGCCCGAGCCACGCCGGCUGGACCCGAGGGCCGCCGGGGGGCGCCAGCAGAGCCCGACCCGCCCGUGUCCUCCCGGCGCCGGGACCCGGAGCCGCCGCCCGAGGACGCGCGCUGCCGUCGAGGGGGCGCGGGAGGCGGCAUGGAGGGCGAGCAGGCGGCGCUCGAGGAGGACGACGCUGACGAGGAGGCGGCGGCCGGCAGGCCGGGCCGCUCGUCCUCCAGCCGCCUGCAGGACAGCCGCAGCCUGGACGGGCUGAGCGGGGCGUGCGGCGGCGCCGAGGGCGGCGCGGGCAGCGGCGGCCGCCGGGCCACCAUCUCCAGCCCGCUGGAGCUCGAGGGCACGGUGAGCCGACACGGAGACCUCACCCACUUCGUCGCCAACAACCUGCAGCUCAAGAUCCGGCUGAGCGGCGCCCCGCCGCCGCCGCCGCCCCCCGCCGCAGCCCCGGCGCGCUCCUGCCCGGCGGCCGCCCCGCCUCCCGCCAUCCCGCCCAUCGACCCCGACGUGCUGCGGGACCUGGAGAGGCUGAGUCGGGAGCUGGGCGGCCGCGUGGACCGACUGCUCCGCGGGCUGGGCGGCGCGGUGCAGGAGCUGACGGCUCUGAGCGUGGGCUGCAUCCAGACCUACCGCGACGCCGUGGACUCGUUAGGCGAGGCCGUGGACAUGAGCAUCAAGGGCAUGUACACCCUGCUGGCGCGCUGCGAGGAGCUGGAGCGGGCGCUGCAGCCCGUGCAGGGGCUGGCGCGCCAGGUGCGGGAUAUCCGACGCACGCUGGAGGUGUUGGAGGCGCUGUGCAAGUGACCGGGACGCGACCCGGA